AAACACAACAGGCGUAGUCGUCGUAGUCCUACCUUUCAUCCCAUGUGACAAUAUACUUUUUAGUAUUUAAGUGUAAUAUGGAUCGUUAUAAAUAUCACAUCUCAUGAGGUGUUAAAUGUGCCUGACUACUAAUAAUUGGUUUGAACUUGACGGCCUUUAGUGACCAUUUUACAGUUGUAAUUAACUUAGUUCUGCAGUUCAGUACCUAAGUAAAAACAUACCUAACCUAUAGGUUAACCUAAGUUUUACACCCAUCUAGCUUUAACUAUUAUCUAUAGUAGGCCUGCAUGGAGUAGAAUAUUUUUAACAUCGAUAAUUCACAUGGCACCAAAAUCUACGUUUACACACAGUAUGAAGCAGAAUAAAAAGGCUAAAAAUGUUUUUGAAGAAGAAGAAAUUUUAGAAAAUGACGAAGAGGAAGAGUCAGACUGUGAGUCUAAAGUUCAAAGUGAUGAUGAUGAUGAUGACUUCUUAGAUGCUGUCACAGAAGCUUCUUCAAAGAAACGCAAGUUAGAAUCAGAUGGAGAAGAAGAUGAAGACGCAAGUGAAAAUGGAGAGGAAAGUACUGAAAAUACAAAAGUCACCCAAAAGAAGAAGAAGAAAAAGAAGAAAGUGUCUACGGCUGAUAUGAAACCACCCACAGCGGAAGAAAUGAUCCGUUUACGUGAAACGGAAAAUUUAUUCCAUUCAAACUUAUUCAGGAUGCAAAUUGAAGAGAUGUUGAAAGAAGUGAAACCCAAAAAAGUAGAGCGUAAACAAAUAAAACCUUGGCUAGAGAAAAUUAAAGAUUUUCUGAUGAAAGUUGAUGAUUCAGACAAAAUCAAGCUGGACACAGAAUGCUUAUUGGAUGUAAAAUCUCCUCUACCCAAAAUGCCAAAGGAGGAGGACCGACCCGUCACCCAUUUCUUGAGACCUGUAUCAGCCUCAGUGGUGGGUUCGUACAACUCUGGCUGCUGUCUGGGUCCUUCAUUGUCUGUGGAUAUCACUGUUGAAAUGCCAAAAAAAUGUUUCCUGAAAGAGGACUACCUGAAUGCUCGUUACCACCUCAAGCGAGCUGUGUACUUGGGACACCUCGCUAGACUAUUGCAGACAAGCGAGCUUGUAUGUAAGCAGCAAGGUGUAAGCUGGUCUUUGCUCGGAGGAAACCCGUUGUGUCCCAGACUGUUACUGCAUCCUGCCGUGGACAAACUCAAUAAGGUUAACAUUUAUAUAUCAGCAGUUCCUCAGGGAAAUACCUUCAAACUCUCUCGCUUCACUCCAUGUAAAAAUAACAUAAGAGAGUCAUGGCUCACGAAAGGGAAGAAGAAAGAUUGUCAGACAGCGUCAUCAGUGUACAAUGCUAGCGUGGUCGGUGAUCUGGUGUUAACUAGUAAUGACGCAGUCCAAGCACAAGUUCUGGAGAACAACAACAACCUGAAAGAUGGUGUGUUGUUGCUGAGGGUGUGGCUGAGACAACGCCAACUUGACACUGGCCUCGGUGGUUUUAGCGGACAUUUGGUUAGUAUGCUGGUGACAUCUAUGUUGAUGUCCCGGAAACUCAACUCACUCAUGAGCAGCUACCAGGUGGUACGCAACGUCUGGCUUCUGCUAAGUCAGUCAGACUGGACCAAGGAAGGAUAUACGAUGAGCUCUACAAAAAAAGAAGAGACCGCUCCAAAAUUACAAGAGUUCCAUGAACAUUUUGAUGUUGUGUUUGUGGAUGCUACAGGCUACUGCAACUUGGCUGCCAGUGUGAAUCGCCUCACGUAUCUCAGGAUUAGACAAGAAGCCAAGUUGGCAGUAGAUUGUCUGGACAAUCCCAACAUGAACAGUUUCCAAGCAUUGUUCAUGACCCCAAUGCCUUUCCUACGCCAGUUUGACCACGUUCUUUGCAUUCAGAAGAAUUGGAACGUCGUUCAAAGUGUGUUGAAAAAGGAGACAAGCAAAGAAGAGCGGAUGAAACAUUUUGCAACCCCUGACAUGCUGGUGGCUGUCGCUGUAGGAAGGCUGCUAGAGAGAGGGGUGGGGGGACGGUUGGCUCACCUGGAGUUUCAACUACCCCCCCUACCACAGUGGGGGGUGGGGGUGGAGGCUCCCCUCAGUGACUUGACUCUUGUGGUGGGACUGAGACUCAACCCAGAAACUGCAUACAGCAUUGUGGAGAAGGGACCUCCUGCUAAUGAGCCACAGGCCGCAAAGUUCCGAGCGCUGUGGGGAGAUCGCUGUGAGCUGCGAAGGUUCCGUGACGGGACUGUGUGCGAGACGGUGGUGUGGCGUGAUCCUGAUGCUCCUCUCUCAUCCCGUCGGCUGGUCACACGUGACAUGGUCACGUAUCUGCUCAUGUCACGACUACAGCUGCGCUCUCAGGACAUCACAUACCAGGCUGACCAACUGGAGACCCUUGUCACUGAGAAACAGUUUGUCCCAGAGUCAUUUCACUGUGGCGCUGGAGAGGAGGCGUGUGCUGCUGUAGUCAGAGCCUGGGACGCCUUGGCUAAGCAGCUGAGGGAGUUGCCUGAGCUACCACUGGAUGUCGCCUCAGUGCAGGGCAUCGCAGCUGCUCUGAGGGCAACCGAUGUGUUCCCACCUCUCCCUGGCCACCACAAGCCUCAGUCACUAACAGGAGUGGAGGCUGCUGAGUGCUUCUUGCUCUCCGACACGUUCAGGCAACCUCCACAUUACGUGGCUCCCAUUGAAGGUGUUGUACAGUUGGGUCUUUCUCGUCAGUGGCCAGAAGACAUCGAAGCAAUCAGGAGAAUCAAGGCUGCGUUUUAUAUUCAAAUUGCCAAAACGAUGUUAGAGAAGUAUGAUGUCCAAACUCAGGCAUUCUCAGACUACGUACACAUAUUUAAGGAAGGGUUUGUAUUCCGGGUGAGGAUUGUGUACCCACGAGAAGUAUCUCUCCUGAAGGCGACAACCACUCCAGACGGGAAGCUCUGUUACCGGGAUACUCCUGAGUCCCUGGCACUAGAGAGGGAUUACUUGCAUCUACCUAAACUGACUGGAGCACUACACGGGUUGCAGCAGCAGUUCCCAGCGUACAGUGUGGCAUGUAGGCUGGCCAAGAGGUGGCUCUGCUGUCAACUGUUAGAUGCCUCUCAUGUACCUGAGGUGGUUGUAGAGCUGCUGGUGGCGUCUCUAUUCCUCUCCCCUGAGCCGUUCCGAACUCUGACACAACCUCAGCCGAUGUUCCUUAGGUUCCUUCACCUCCUGGCUCACACCAACUGGCAUCUGGAGCCUGUCAUUGUUAACUUCAAUGGUGACUUGAAACGUGAGGACCUGGUGGAGAUAGAGUCAGUGUUCCGCAGUGACAGGUCGUCUCUGCCGCCCCUGUUCAUAGCUACUCAGUAUGACCGUGGAGGUUCUGUGUUCACCCGUGACGCUCCCUCACUGCCUGUACUGGCCCGGACAGCAGACCUGGCACGACAGGCUCUCUCUGUCUUGGAGACUCAACUGCUGCAACACACUGCCGAGGAGGAGUACAAGAUGGCAUUCCGCCCUCCCUUAGAGCUGUACGACGCCCUGAUAAGACUAAAGCCACUCCAGUGUCCUCGUAUGGUUCACUCUCUGGACUACAAUGUCAAGGAACCUGUCACUCUGAAGGUGCCUAAGGUCCGCAAGAAGAUUCCUGUUGUUGGUUUUGAUCCACCUCAGUUAUAUCUGCAGGAGUUGCGGGAAAGCUACAGUGACUAUGCUCUUUUCUUCCACGAUACUUAUGGUGGAUCAAUGAUUGGAGUUCUUUUCAAACCUUCUGCCUUUGAAAAACACGAGUUUAAGGUAAGUCAAGUCAACUGCAGAAAGCCUGUAAAAGAAGACAAGAAGCAGCUGCUUGCCCUCAACUUUGAUGCUAUCAUUGAAGAUUUCUACAUUAUAGGCAAAGGACUUGUGAAAUCUAUUGAACUCAGCCAUAAGUAUUCUCGAUAACCAUAUCUGUUUUGUCUCUAUUUUGUACAUUUUAUAAUUAAAUGUAUUUUAUUAGUUGAUUCACA